UGUGUUUGUUUACAUCCAGACGACAGUAGACGCGUGAGCUCGGAAUUCGUUGUAGUGUAAUUUAUUUGGUAAAAAUGAGGACUUUAUCAGAUGACGAAACUGCUCUGGUGUUCACUAAGCUGUCAAAAUACAUUGGUUCCAACAUCAAAUCCCUACUUGAUCGGUCAGAUGGCCUCUACUGUUUCCGUUUACACAAAGGUCGUGUGUAUUAUGUCAAAGAGGACGUCAUGAAGGUUGCUGCCCUCUUGCCUCGAGAAAAUCUUGUUUCCAUGGGGGUGUGCUUUGGCAAGAUAACCAAAGGAAAAAAAUUUCUUCUGAACAUUACAGCUUUGGAAUUCCUUAGUCCAUACUGCCAGCACAAAGUUUGGGUGAAAGAAGCCUCAGAACAGAACUUCAUGUAUGGCAACCACAUCUACAAAUCAGGACUUUUCCGUAUAUCUGACAACACACCCAAAUAUGCUGGUGUUGUUGUUUAUACUCAUAAUGAUAUUCCUAUGGGAUUUGGUGUUGCAGCAAAAUCAACGUCAGAAUGCAGACAUGCCAACCCAAUGGAUAUUAUAUGUUUCCACCAAGCUGAUAUUGGUGAAUAUAUUAGAAAUGAAGACACUUUAGUGUGAAAAUUUGUGUCGAGUGCUACUCUAAUUAAUAUAGGGAAAGCUGAAUAUAUUAUUACUUGUUUUAUAGUAAAAUCCUUUAUACCACUUUAUCAUUGUUUGAUUCAGGGACCUAAAAAAAGAAAUUGAUGACAGGAAAGUCUUCAGAAUGUCUUCUUACUGUGUAUGAGGGAACAUCUAUUAAAAAUAUUCAAGUAUAUGUGUUGCAACAUACUGAAUAUACAUUUUGUUUAUUUGAAUUUAUACAAAGUACUAUCAACAUACUUUUGGUAUCAGUUUAUCAUUUUUCUGUUAGAUACAUAUUCAUGAUCAUCACUACAUUUUUAAUAAAAGUUAAAAGAG